UACGACAGGUAUACUUCCGGAACUGUUUAUAAUAAGUUUAUAACAGUUUUAAUAGUUAUAUUGCCAGAAGUGUGCUACUUUUGUUUAUGUAUUUAACGGUAGACUGUUGCGUUAAUUCAACGAUUAAGAAUCCGUAGUUUAUACAUAUUUUUCCAUUCAUAAGAAAAAUCAAUUAUUGUCGUUAAAAAUUGUGUUGUUAGACAAUUUAAUUUUAUUUUAAAUAAAUACUUAAAUAAUAAUAAUACUUAAAUUGUGUUAUUGUGCAAGAAUGAAGACUAUUACCGGAAUAGCACCUGUAAAUAUCGCUGUUAUCAAAUAUUGGGGUAAACGAGAUGAGGACCUAAUUCUUCCAAUAAACGAUUCCUUAAGUUGUACCCUCUCGACCGAUUUUAUGUGUGCCAAAACAACAAUAAUGGCAAGCCCGACUUUCACAACCCACCGCUUUUGGCUAAACAACAAAGAAACAGAUUUUAACAACGAAAGGUUAAAUAACUGUUUAACCGAAGUGCGAAAACGUGCUAGCCCCGAAUGCGGUGAUUUACUCAACUGGAAACUCCACAUUUGCUCCGAAAACAACUUCCCAACGGCUGCUGGUUUGGCCUCUUCAGCAGCGGGUUAUGCAGCCUUAGUUUCAACUCUUGCGGCUUUGUAUGGGGUUGAGGGCGACAUUUCGGCAAUUGCACGCCGGGGCUCAGGGAGCGCUUGUCGCAGUAUUUACGGAGGGUUUGUUAGAUGGAACAAGGGGGUGAAACCCGGGGGCGAAGACUCGAUGGCGGGCCAAAUCGCACCGGCUGCGCAUUGGCCGGAAAUACGUGUUUUGAUACUCGUGGUCAGUGAUGACCAAAAGAAAUACAGCUCGACUAAUGGCAUGAAACAGAGUGUCCUGACUUCCGAUUUGUUAAAACAUAGAACCGAGAAAAUUGUUCCUGGGAGAGUGGACGAAAUUAUUAGAGCUAUUAAAAUGAAGAAUUUUGAAGCUUUUGCAAAGAUAACAAUGCAGGAUUCGAAUCAGUUCCAUGCGAUCUGUUUAGACACUUUUCCACCUUGUUUUUACAUGAAUGAUGUGUCAAGAGCGAUUAUCGAGUUGGUGCAUGCCUAUAAUGAAUUUCAGGGGACCACAAAAGUCGCUUACACGUUUGAUGCGGGUCCUAACGCCUGCUUAUAUUUAUUAGAAAACGAUGUUGAUGAAAUAGUGUCUUUAAUCAAUGAUAUUUUUCCGAGUAAUAUAAAUCCGAGUGAUUUUAUUAGAGGGCUUCCAGUGAAAGUAAAAAAUUUAAGCGAUUUGAGAGAAACACUAAAAAUACAGCCCCAAACACCAGGGAAGCUUAAAUAUGUAAUUCAUACAAAAAUCGGCGACGGGCCUAAAAUUUUAUCAGAGGCUUCUGAUCACUUAUUGGGCGAAAAUGGACUUCCCAAAAAUCUAUGAAGAUUUUACAUUUAUGUUAUGAAAGGAAAUGGGGCGAAAGUUGAGGGUGUCAAAAUAAUGACAAUAAUCUAUUUAUUUUUUAUAUUUUUACAACAUAGGUGUUAAUAAAUGACGGAAAAACUUUUA